GUUCUGGUCGACUAAUUAUCAAUUCCCUCCAACUGGGGUCUUUGCAUGCGUGACUACUGAAAUCGACCAAUCGUCUUUGUUCACCAACGAUCCAACGACACCACUUCGUCAACCCCGGACCUCACCUCGCUAGUGAUGUAUCGGGUCGAGAAGACUUUACAAGGCUGCCACUAUCUAUGCAACCAAACGCACGCGAGAUUCCUACGAUCUGAAACUUUGGCGCGUGACCAAACACCAUCGCAGCAAGAUCCUACACGAAGUGGCGGCAUUCCUCCGCACUACAGCUCUUGAAAAACAACAAAGUCUACUCGUUGGCGGAGAAGAACCGGCUUUUCUCUUUCAUUGCCAAAAGCAACAUCGAAUGCCGAAACAGCCGUACCGGACACGCCAUCUGUCGUCAUGUCUCAUUCCAGCACCAAAAAGUGCCCAUGCCUGGCCGACGCCGAGAGCAUCAAGGCUCUAGUCUUCAGCAUGACCCAUGUCAGCUUCGAAGCGAUUCUCCCCGCAUGCGAGGAACUGCUCCAUCUCGCCGCGAACACGGACACAUGCGCAUCAUGUGUGAUUCGAAACAGCGACAUCCUCCUCACCACAUGUCAUCAGAUGACACUCCUUCUGAAAUCCGCCCUCCUCGCUCAUACGCCCUUUCCCGCGCGUCUCUCCCUCGAGACAUCCCUCGGACCGAGCAAUAUCGUCUGCAUUCCAUCUCCGAUGUUCAUGGGAAAUAUGGAAUUGAAUCCUCGACAAAGCACGAUGCUCGCUUAUGAUCUCAUCGCUCGAAAGCUGAGGCAUAUCGUGGCCAUCGUUAGCCAGAUGAGUCAUGUCGGUGCUCCGCCUGCUGCUGCUUUUGCGAACCAUCUCCUGGUCGCAGUGUCGACAAUGCUUGAAAAGCUGCGCAGUACCCCGGCCUAGAAAGAGAACAGCAAUUGCUAUCUUAUAUUCUUUUCGCCGUGUCCACUUUUGUAUAUAUAUGCUCGACAUCUCAGCUGAAUACUUGAACUUGAGAUACU